UGGGUACAGCCAGGAGGUGGUAUGCUACACUGCAGGUAAUAUUCCUCAGACCCCUUCUGCACCAAGGCUUGUUCGAGCUGGUGUUACAUGGAUUGCAUUGCAGUGGAAUAAAGUAGAAGGAUGUGCACCAGAGGAAGUGAUUUCCUACACCCUGGAAAUUCAGGAAGAAGAUAAUGAUAGCGUGUUUCACCCAAAGUACACUGGAGAGGAGCAAGCCUGUACUGUGAAGAAUCUCAGAAGAAGCACGCAGUAUAAAUUCAGGCUGUUUGCUUCUAAUGUGGAAGGAAAGAGUUCUCCCAGCGAAGUGUUGGUCUGUACAACAAGCCCAGACAGGCCAGGACCUCCAACCAGACCCGUUAUUAAGGGGCCAAUAACAUCUCAUGGCUUUAGUGUGAAGUGGGAUCCUCCACAGGAUAAUGGUGGUUCGGAAAUCCUAAAGUAUCUAUUAGAGAUUUCUCAAGGAAGUCCAGAAGCAAAUCAAUGGGAAGUGGCAUAUAGUGGAUCGGCUACAGAAUAUACCUGUACUAACUUGAAACCAGGCACUUUGUAUAAACUCCGGGCAUGCUGUAUCAGCACUGGCGGACACAGUCAGUGUUCUGAAAGUUUACCUGUCCGUACGCUAAGUGUUGCACCAGGUCACUGCCGGCCACCAAGAGUUUUGGGGAAGCCGAAGCACAAAGAAGUACAGCUACAAUGGGAUGUCCCUCCGUCAGAAAGUGGCUGUCCCGUCUCAGAGUACAGCGUAGAAAUGACAGAACCCGAAGAAGUUGUUUCUGAAGUGUAUCAUGGGCCUGAUCUGGAGUGCACCGUCAGCAACCUUCUUCCUGGAGCAACGUAUCGGUUCAGAGUGAGAGCUUUGAACGACGGUGGGUACGGGCCGUACUCGGAAGCUACAGAAGUCACCAUGGCAGCAGGACCGCCUGGCCAGUGCAGAGCACCUUCCCUCUCCUUUCUGUCCGACACACGUGUACUUGUAAGCUGGGAGAGUCCUGAAUGUUCUGGUGCUGACAUCUCUGAAUACAGAUUAGAGUGGGGAGAAGAUGAGGAAUCUCUUCAACUUGCAUAUAAUGGCACAGAUACCUGUUUUGAAAUAAGUGAAUUGUCAGCGGCAGCGCAUUACUGCUGUAGGCUACAGGCUAUUAACCAAGCAGGAGCUGGACCCUACAGUGACCUGGUAACCUGCAGAAUCCCCGCAUCUGUGCCCGAUGCAGUCUCUACCCUCUCCGUGCUGGAGGAUGAGCACGUGGAUGCCUAUCAACUCUCACCCUCUGUGUGCCUUGUACUGAACUGGGAAGAACCAUGCAAUAAUGGAGCUGAGAUUACAUCAUACAACAUUGACCUGGGUGACAUCAGCAUUCCAGUAGGAAAUGUGACAAGUUACGUUAUUAAUGAUUUGCUUCCAGAAACCUCAUACCGAAUCAGGAUCCAGGCUGUCAAUGAAAUUGGAGCUGGACCAUUUAGCCACUUUAUUAAAGCAAAAACCAGGCCAUUACCACCCUUACCUCCUCGGUUAGAGUGUGCUGCAGCAGGUCCUCAGAGCCUGAAGCUGAAAUGGGGAGACAGCAGUUCCAAGCUUCAUGCUACCGAUGACAUGGUCUAUAUCUUGCAGAUAGAAGACAGAAACAAAAGGUUUAUUCCGAUUUAUAGAGGACCAAGUCAUACGUACAAGAUACAGAGGCUGACAGAAUCCACUUGUUACUCAUUCAGAAUACAGGCAGUCAAUGAUGCUGGGGAGGGACCUUUCUCAGAAAUAUGUACCUUCUGCACAACUAAGUCAGUCCCACCUGCGAUCAAAGCCCCUCGAGUGACACAGCUGGGAGGAAAUGCCUGUGAAAUUACCUGGGAAACGGUCCCACCCAUGAAGGGAGAUCCUGUUAGUUACGUUCUGCAGGUACUGGUUGGAAGAGAAUCUGAAUACAAACAGGUGUACAAGGGAGAAGAGACCACAUUCCACAUCUCAGGCCUUCAAGUCAACACAGACUAUCGGUUUCGCGUCUGCGUCUGCCGCCGGUGCUUGGAUACCUCACAGGAACUUAGUGGACCUUUCAGCCCAUCCGUUGCCUUUAUGCUUCAGCGAAAUGAGAUCAUGCUUGCAGGAGAAAUGGGAAGCAUAGAUGAUCCUAAGAUAAAGAGCAUGAUUCCUACUGAUGAACAGUUUGCAGCCCUCAUCGUUCUUGGCUUUGCAAGUUUGUCAAUUAUAUUUGCCUGUAUAUUACAAUACUUCUUUAUGAAGUAGAGAAUUAAGUGGAAGUUUGAGAUACAAAUUUAACUAAUGCUACGCAUUAUAAUCCACACAUUUAUUCAGAUAUUCCUUUUUUUGAAAUCCUUUUGUUCUACCAUACAUUUUAUAUACUUCUCUUGUUUUUACAGUUUAGCUUGAAGAAAGAUAAAUCAGUGUUUUGAUGCACCUUUUUGAAAUUCAAAACUAGGAAGUGGUCAAACUGGAGAAACAAGCAAACCAGAUACCAAAAGCAAGAUUUUUUUUUUUUUUUUUUCUUCACAGUUUCAAAAUUGUCACCAAUUUGCCUUCUCAAUGUUGUUUUGGGUUUUUUCACUGAAGUUCUUACAGUCUCUUAUUUUAUCUUACUAUUUAGGAAAUUUUAAUCAUGAGUCACUCUUUUGUCUCUUCUUUUUCCUUCUAAACGUUAGUCACAAGUGUGUGUAGUGGUAAGACUAGAAUACAGUGUUAGUCAACAGUACCAGGUUUUCCUUGAACAGUAUUAGCAAUGUUGCCUAUGAAUUAUUCACUACAUUUGCCCCAUUAUUUUCAAGAUUAAGCGUAAGUUGUUAUUUUAACUGUUCAGUGCAUUUAAAUCGGAACAAUAUCCUGCAGUCGAAAACCCGUUUUAAUUUUCUGUUAUUUUUACAGUUACAACACUAUAAACUGCCUGUAUAAGAAAUCAAAUAACCAAACUGCAUAUAAAUUAUGAAGCAUUAGAGAUUUUUUACCAUUUUGAUUCCUAGCAGUAAUUUUAAGUAAGAGGGCAUUGUGCAAUAGUUAGUUAUUCCCAUGUUCAGCUAUUUAAAAGCUGCUUUAACUUGUCUGUUUGUCACUGUAUAUAACUAUUCCUAAUCUAAUACUAGAUAUUAUUCUGUUAUGUUCAGCCUGAUUUAUAUGAUUACAGCUGGUGACAGCUUACUGCCUCUACUGAAUUAGGUGAGAUUUACACUCAAUGUAAGCAAACUUUACUGUCAGCUGAGCUUUUUUUUAAAUUUUUUUAAUUUUUUUGGAGGGGUAUCCAUUUUAUGGAACUUCUUUGGAGGUAUCAGAAAUGAGAUCUGUUUAUUUUAAAUACCUUAAAUGGAUGUCUGUGCUAUUCUUACCACAGGGCUAAUUGAAAUAACUUGGUACAUGGCAAAAUUCAGACAAGAGUCCUGCUCUGAUGGGAAUGCCCCCCCUCCUCCUGCCUGCCCCUUCCAAGAUACACAGUUUAAUCCAUUAAGAUACUAGAAUUUUAACUCUUCAGUCAUUGGAUUAUUUAUAUUAAGUCAACAUUGUGUGAGUACCUCAGGGACAUAAAUGAGCUGGAGGUGCAAAUAGAUUCCAAAAGGGUGCAACAGACACAGCGUAUUUCCCUGCCUCUUGUUUUUGUAUAUUUUUGCUACUUGGUUUUGCUUUUGUCCUAGCUAUUUUGUGCUCUGUCUCCAUCGUCUAAGAUUCAGUGUCCUGUACUAGCAUAAUAUUCCCUUAACCAAAGUAAUGGGGAAAAAACAACAUUAUUUUUGUUUUAGGUUUAUUUAUACUAUAUACUGCAUACAGUACUUUAAAUACCAAUUACAGUGCAAUCUCUUAUUUAUUGUAAAAAAAAUAAAAAAUAAAAAGUGUACUUAUGUACUAAUCCCCCUCCCCACCCUCCCUGUAGCAUGUUCUAUUUUGUCUGGUUUAUACUGUUGUACUUUAGGUCAACUUUUUACCUGGCAGCAUUCCUAGUAUUAUUAAUCAUCUUAUAUUUUCUUGUGUUUUUGAAGAUGGGAGCAUCUACUACAUUAAAUGCCAAAAAAACAUUAUCAGUGAUUCAAACGUUUACAUGUAUCCAAAAACAUAAUCAUCUCUGGAAAGGAAGUGCUAAGAUCAAUGAAUUAUUCUGUGUGCCUCUCUAGAUGUAGCAAAUAUUAGAAACGUUCUGUAUUUUGUUAUUGACUAUCAUUAGUUUAAUGUAGCCUGCAAACUAAUGGCAUUGAGCUAAAUAUAUAUAUUUUUUUGGUCUUGCCAAAGUCAUGGCUUUUCGAAUUUAUUUACAUCUUAUUUAAAUUUAUUUGUGAUAUGAAACUUUGCGACCUUGCAUCUGUAUUUUGUGAGCAAAGCAUAUACAGCUAUCUUCAAUGGAGGGGAAAAGAGUGUAUUUUUUAAAGCAACGAAAGGACCGCUAGUUUGGAAACCCAGAAAUUUGAAUAGGUUCCCUUUUUUUAUUCUUGGAAUAUUGUUUCAGCAGUGCUGCUAUGAAAUCCAGGCUUGACAC